AUGCGAGGCGUCGGGGCGCCGGUGCGGCGGUGGCGCAAUGCCGCCCCCGCUGCCCCACGAGGUGCGAUCUCACGCCGGCGGCGGCGGCCAUCUUGCCGACGUCACCGCCACGCGCCGCCGAGCGUCGCAUCGCCGAGGCCAAAACAAAGGAGCGGCGAGGCGCGGCGCGGCGCGGCUCCGGAAUCCGACUGCCGACGCCUGGGGCGGGCGCCGUCCGCCGACGGCGGCGCCACCAGUCUCAGGGCACCAGCAGCGCCACCUGGGAGCCAGGCCGACGCAUCCCCACAAAUGUCACCAACCUGUGAAGCAAUUGUAAACGCGGCUGAACAUGGAAAUCACUUGAACUAUCUGAUAGCACCUUGUCACCGUUACGAAGAGACGUCAAUGUAACAGCUAUCCAGACAUUCUGUGACAUUUGUGGAUACUACAUCCUUAUUCGUCAAAACGCAAUGAAAGCUUAUACCGCUAAUUGGUAAUGAAACGUACUUUGGACUUACUCUUGGCGACCAAGACAAAACAUGGGCCUCACACUCUGUACGUCACACUGUGAAGAACAGCUGCGUGACUGGACGCCAAGGUAAGGUAAGG